AAACGUGAUCAUCGUUCUGGUCAAGUGUCCAAAAGAUUGGUUGCUGCGUGUGAUUCUGCGGCAUUAAAAUAUGAUUUACUAGAUAGAGUAGUUGGUGAUUUUCUUGAUGAUGUUAAAACAUUGUGUACAACUGGUUUACGUGUUAUGGGUGCUGGAGUAGAAAAAAUUUAUUUUGGUGGCCUGUUCUUUACUCUUGGCGACUAUCCUGCUCAGCAGUCGAUUCACGGCAGAAAAGAAUCUGUUGCAGCCAAAACGUUCUGCCCUUGCUGCGAUGUUGCGGCUGAUAACUAUAUUGAUUCGAUCGAUCAGAUUAUGUUUCGAAACGUAUGCAGCAAGUGUGAUGAAACAGAUGAUCCUUGUGUUCGUUAUGUUGAAGAUAAGAGGAAAGACAACACAUGUGUUUGUGGGCAUAAGAUUAAUAAGCAUGUUGAUGAUAUGCAAUCCAGUAUUACAUCAUCUCAAAGAACUAUUGAAACAAUCUCAAACAAUUCUCAUUUGUUACCAUCAUCUAUAGCUCCAACAUCACCAUCACAAAAUUCUUCAAUUUCUUCCCCUAUGAAGAAAGAACAACGACGAAAGUUUGGACUUUUAAAACCAAGAAUACGAACCAAUACAAAAUCAAAAUUAAAUCUCACGCAACACAUAAAUAAAGGAAGAAAUAUGGUUGAUCCAGAUACGCAGCUGUUGGUCGAUAAUAGCGUUGCAACUAUGAGAGAUACAGCAUUAUCUGAUUUUGAUAAGAGAAAAAUGGGGGAAUUAUACGAAAAGAAUCUGGAAUUUGUGAAUUUUUUCUGUAUUUUCAAGCAGAUGGACAUGAAUGAUGAGGAAGUAAAUCUGAUCACAACGGGAAAUGCUUAUGAAAUAACAAUAGAGACUUCAAGAGAUCACGAUGCAUCGGACGUUAUUACAGAACAACCAGAAAACUUAAUUAGUUUAAGUGUUGAGUCACCUAAAUUAAAUAUGCGUGAUCAGAGUGUAGUCGAAAAAGCAAAAAAAAUAGCAGCCAACGCGGCUUUCAGUGAAAAUCAGGAUCCAUUUGAAUCGGAUAGUCAACACACAGUUGUCGAGAAGACAAAACCCGUAACAAGAAUUUGUACACCAACAUCGGUGCGUGUGGCUCGAUCAAACAGAUUCGUGAUCGGCGUCGAUACUUCGCAAAGAAUGGUCGACGUUUACAAUGAAAAGUGUCACAAACAAUGUAUUCCACCGGAAAAAAUGCAUGCUGUUUGUAUCGAUUUACUUCAACCAGAUCAAGUUUUCUCCAAUCUUAAAGACUUUAACGUUGUCGUCACAUCGUUGGCGUAUCAUCAUCUAGAAGAUAUCGAUCUAGCUACUCGUACACUUGUUGGUCUGUUAAAGUAUGGUGGAAGUUUUUUGAUUGUAGAUUUGAUUCGCAAUGAGAAACAGGUGAAUCUACACCAACAUCAUGCAGCUUCACAUACGGUCGCUCAUCUUGGAGGCUUCGAAAUGGGAAUGAUCGAGAAAAAUUUGAAGAAUGCUGGCCUAGU